AUGGCCCGGGCCCGCGGCCAGGCCCUGGGGAGCGGCGGUCGGCGGCGCCCGCGGCGGGGCGGUGCGGGAGCCGGGGCCCGGGGGGAGUCGGCCGGGCUGCUGCUGCUUCUGCUCCAGGUGCUGCCGCCCGGGGCUGCGGCGGGGCCGGGGCGCCGGGGCCCGCGGGGCGCUGGCGGCGGCGGCGUCUGCUGGCCCGGCGCUGUCCCUGUCUUUCCCCGGGACGCGCGGCUGCUGCUGCUCCUUCCUCCGCUGCCGCCGCCAAGCUCCGCGCCCGCAGCCUCCGCCUCCCGGAUGGACGCUCUGCCCCGCGGCGGGCUGAACCUGAAGGAAGAGCCGCUGCUGCCUGCCGGCCUGGGCUCAGUGCGCUCCUGGAUGCAGGGCGCAGGCAUCCUGGACGCCAGCACCGCGGCGCAGAGUGGCGUGGGCCUGGCGCGAGCACAUUUUGAGAAGCAGCCUCCCUCCAACCUCAGGAAAUCCAACUUCUUCCACUUCGUGCUGGCCAUGUAUGACCGGCAGGGGCAGCCCGUGGAGGUGGAGCGCACGGCCUUCAUCAACUUCGUGGAAAAGGACCUAGAACCUGGGGCAGAAAAGACGAACAACGGGAUCCAUUACCGCCUCCGGCUGGUCUAUAACAAUGGGCUUCGGACAGAGCAGGACCUCUAUGUGCGCCUCAUUGACUCCAUGUCCAAGCAGGCCAUCAUCUAUGAGGGUCAGGACAAGAACCCUGAAAUGUGCCGAGUGCUGCUCACCCAUGAGAUCAUGUGCAGCCGGUGCUGUGACCGGAAGAGCUGUGGUAACCGGAAUGAGACGCCCUCAGACCCCGUCAUUAUUGACAGGUUCUUUCUCAAGUUCUUCCUCAAAUGCAACCAGAACUGCCUAAAGAAUGCAGGGAAUCCCCGAGACAUGCGCCGCUUCCAGGUGGUGGUGUCCACGACUGUGAGCGUGGACGGACAUGUGCUGGCCGUGUCUGACAACAUGUUUGUGCACAACAACUCUAAGCACGGCCGCAGGGCACGCCGCCUGGACCCCUCCGAAGCUGCCACCCCCUGCAUAAAGGCCAUCAGCCCCGGGGAGGGCUGGACCACGGGCGGCGCCACCGUCAUUGUCAUCGGCGACAACUUCUUCGAUGGGUUGCAGGUCGUGUUCGGGAACGUGCUCGUGUGGAGCGAGCUCAUCACGCCCCACGCCAUUCGGGUGCAGACGCCCCCGAGGCAUAUUCCCGGGGUGGUGGAGGUGACCCUGUCCUACAAGUCCAAGCAGUUUUGCAAAGGAGCCCCUGGCCGCUUUGUCUACACAGCCCUGAAUGAACCCACCAUUGACUAUGGAUUCCAGAGGCUACAAAAAGUCAUUCCCAGGCACCCCGGAGAUCCGGAGAGGCUGCCCAAGGAAGUGCUGUUGAAGCGGGCGGCUGACUUGGCGGAGGCUCUGUACGGAGUGCCCAGCAGUAACCAGGAGCUCCUCCUGAAGCGCGCUGCAGACGUAGCUGAGGCUCUGUACAGCGCCCCCCGUGCGCCUGCGCCGCUCGGGCCCCUGGCCCCCAGCCAUCCGCACCCCGCCGUCGUGGGCAUCAACGCUUUCAGCAGCCCGUUAGCCGUUGCAGUCGGGGAAGCCACGCCUGGCCCGGAGCCGGGCUACGCGCGCAGCUGCAGCAGCGCAUCUCCGCGAGGGUUCGCGCCCAGCCCGGGCUCACAGCAGAGCAGCUACGGCAGCGGCCUCGGAGCUGGCCUCGGCGGCUACGGGACACCGGGAGUGGCUGGCCUUGGCGUGCCCGGCUCCCCUAGCUUCCUCAAUGGCUCCACGGCCACCUCACCCUUCGCCAUCAUGCCCUCUAGCCCCCCGCUGGCCGCUGCCUCCUCCAUGUCCCUCCCGGCUGCUGCCCCCACCACCAGCAUCUUCUCCUUCUCGCCUGUCAACAUGAUCUCCGCUGUCAAACAGAGGAGCGCCUUCGCCCCCGUGCUGCGCCCACCCAGCUCCCCACCCCAGGCCUGCCCCAGGGCCCACGGAGAGGGGCUUCCAGACCAGCCUUUUGAGGAUUCCGAGAAGUUCCACUCUCCAGCCCGGGGGCUUCAGGGCCUGGCAUACUCCUAAUUACGGUCUGCAGGUCUGGCCCCUGCUGGCCCAGACUGGAGGUCCCUCCGGAAUUCACAGCCACACCCUGGAUGGAAACAGACAGAUGCAGGGCCAGGGCUGCGGACAGACCUCAACCCCUGGGCCUGAAUGGGGAGAGGACUUCCUCCCCAUGCUCAAGGCCCUUCCAGCCCCACAGGCUUCUCUCACCCCACUUCCUGGGGGCUGGUCAGAAGCCCCAGCACUGUGCUGAUGCUCUUGGCUGGAGAGCAUCCCAGGGAGGUGCUGGGAUGCAGGACUUCACGCUCUGGGUCGGUUCCUCGAAAAGAGAUGGACUUUGUACAGACCUGGGACUUCGGUUGACAGGAGCACGGGAAGGAGACUGUGGGAAAGGACAGCUCAGGGAGAGGUGGCCUGGGAAGGUUCCAUUUGUGUCUGGCCCAUCUCACUGGCCCAGCAUCCCAACUUCUCUCUAGGGCAAGAGAGAUGCCC